UUCUCCACAUUUAACUCUUAUAACCACCCAAAAUCUACAUUCACUUCCAUUUUGUAGUGUGAGUCAAAAAGUUUGAUUUUUGAAUCAUGGGUUGUGAGUAAAUAUUGUUAUUUGUAAUUUGUAAUUGUACCCUUUUGGUGUUUGAUUCUCAAUUAUAAAUUAUAAUAUAUAAGCGUUUCUGAUUCUCAUAAAUCAAAAGUUACGGUUUUGAUGAAAAUCCAGUUGUAUUUUUGAUUGAUGAGUUUGGAAGCAUUUGAAAUUGUGAAUGUUAUAAGCAAAGUUUUUGAAGGUUGGUGUAGUGCUCUCUAUAGACAUUUUCUGGAUUACACAGAGUGUGACAUUGAGUUUGAAGUUUGAAGAUUAAGCUACAUAAGCUUGUUUUCUUACUUACUCAUUCUUAAAGAAACAGUGAAAGGAUCAGUUGUUUUCAGCAAGUCAAGUUUGUAAGAGCUUUGGUGAUCAACAUCAUUUCUACAACACCACUCCUACAAAUUUUCAAACCAUGGUGGAAGAUAGUACAGUUGCUGUCACAGUGGAUACAUGCUCAACAGAAGAAUGGUUGUUGAACUCACAAGAACUUGUUCCUAUUGCUCUUACAAAAGCAAGAGAGGUAAAAGGAUUUCAAGGUAGGUGGAAAAUGAUCAUUUCAAAAUUGGAACAAGUUCCAUCAAAGCUAUCAGAUUUAUCAAGCCACCCUUGUUUUUCAAAGAAUGCACUUUGCAAGGAACAAUUGCAGGCUGUGUCAAAGACACUAAGAGAAGGUAUUGAAUUAGCUGAGUUAUGUUUGAAAGAAAAGUAUGAAGGAAAACUAAGAAUGCAAAGUGAUCUUGAUGCAUUAAUUGGUAAGCUUGAUUUGAAUUUAAAGGAUUGUAGCUUGUUAACAAAAACUGGUGUACUUGGUGAAGUUACUUUGCAAUUCAAUGUUUCUGGUUCUAUAACAGAAUCAGAUAUUGAAACACAUUGCAAUAUAAAGGAGCUACUCGCGCGCCUUCAAAUCGGUCAUUUGGAAUCGAAACACAAAGCUUUGGAUAGACUUCAUGAUAUUAUGAGAGAAGAUGAGAAGAAUGUUUUGGCUGUUUUUUGCAGGAGCAAUGUUGUUGCUUUGGUUCAGUUGCUUACAGCAACAUCAACAAGGAUAAGGGAGAAAACAGUUAGUAUUAUAUGCUCUCUCGUUGAAUCCGGUGGUAGCUGCGAAAGUUGGUUAGUUGCUGAAGGUGUUUUGCCACCACUUAUAAGGCUUGUUGAAUCAGGUAGUGCUGUUAGUAAAGAAAAGGCUAUUGUAUCUCUUCAAAGGUUGUCUAUGACGGAAGACACAACUCGUGCAAUCGUCGGACAUGGAGGGGUUCGUCCGUUAGUCGAGCUUUGUCAGAUUGGUGAUUCUGUUUCACAAUCUGCAGCUGCUUGUACUUUGAAGAACAUUUCGGCUGUUCCGGAAGUGAGACAGGUUUUGGAUGAAGAAGGUGUUGUUAAGGUUAUGAUCAAUCUUCUUAACAAUGGAAUGUUGUUAGGAACUAAAGAGUAUGCUGCUGAGUGUUUGCAGAAUCUGACUGCUAGCAAUGAGAAUCUGAGAAGGUCUGUUAUAUCAGAAGGCGGCGUUCGGAGCAUUCUGGCUUAUCUUGAUGGUCCACUUCCUCAAGAAUCCGCUGUUGGUGCAUUGAGGAAUCUCGUUGCAUCGGUUUCCGAGGAAACUCUGGUUUCUCUUGGAUUGCUUCCUUGUUUAGUUCAUGUUUUGAAGUCAGGAUCGUUAGGUGCGAAACAAUGCGCUGCAUCAGUUAUAUGCAGGAUUUGUAGCUCAAUUGAGAUGAAGAAAAUGUUAGGUGAAGUUGGUUGCAUUCCUCUAUUGAUCAACAUGCUUGAGGCUAAAGCAAACACUGCUAGAGAACUUGCAGCACAAGCAAUUGCCAGUUUGAUGAUUUUGUCUCAGAAUCGGCGAGAGGUUAAAAAGGAUGAUAAAAGCGUGCCGAAUUUGGUUCAAUUGCUUGAUCCUAGUCCACAAAACACUGCGAAAAAAUACGCAGUUUGUUGCCUUGGAUCACUUUCUUCUUGUAAGAAAUGUAAGCGGUUGAUGAUAUCAUAUGGAGCAAUAGGGUAUUUGAAGAAGCUUAUUGACAUAGAGAUUCCAGGAGCUAAAAAGUUGCGUGAAAGAUUGGAAAGAGGGAAAUUGAGAAGUUUGUUUAGCAGAAAAUAAUGGAAAAAUUCCAUGUUGGAACUGUUUAGUUUUUGUAUCAUUAAGCACUUUCUUAUUCACUUUUGUUCUUAUCAAUGUUGCUGUUUCAUUGUCUGAAUGAAACAAGUAGCUUAGAAUGUAAAACUGUGGUAUGCAAAACCUUGGUAAUUUGUGUAAUCAAUGUUUAGAUUAUAUAUUUAAUCAAUCUUGUAAUCAAUGUAUCAA